GGACGCUGCGCCUGCGCACUCAGCCCGUCGCCGCGCCGGCCUGAGGACGUGCGCACGUUUCCUUCGCGGCUCCCGGGCACUGAGAUGCGCGGCACCAGGGCCCGUGCCAGCUCCAGUGUCUUCUAGGAGAAAACAGUAAAUAACAAACAGCUCAUGUUGGAUAUUCAUCAAAUCAGCUGGUAAAAGAACGCUGUUUCUGAUAGAGUUAUCAACUUUGAUCUCAAUUAGGAGAUACAGCAUUAGAAUGAGAGAGCUAAACAGCUCUGUUAAAUCUCUGCCUCCAUUAUUUAAGACAUCUGUGGAGUUUAAGAACACUAUGGAGCUCAUCAGAGUAUAUCACUGAAGAAUAUGAUGGCUGAAAACAAUUUUAAAAUGCUAAAAAUUCAACAGUGUGUAGUAGCCAACAAACUACCUAGAAACAGGCCUUAUAUUUGCAAUAUUUGCUUCAAGCAUUUUGAAACACCAUCAAAAUUAGCCAGGCAUUAUCUCAUUCAUACUGGCCAGAAGCCAUUUGAAUGUGAUGUGUGUCAUAAAACCUUUAGGCAACUAGUUCAUCUGGAGAGACAUCAACUAACUCAUAAUCUGCCUUUUAAAUGUAGUAUUUGUCAACACCACUUUAAGAAUCUGAAGACAUUUGUGAAGCACCAACAGCUUCACAAUGAAACUUACCAGAAUGAUGUUAAACAGGUCAGAAGAUUGUUGGAUGCCAAGCAAGAAAAACCAGUAUAUGGGAUGUAUCAUAGUUUUACCACAGAAGAGAGAUGGGCAUUGCACCCACACUCCAAGUCCGAUCCCACAUACAGCCCUACAAAGAAAAAAAAGAAUAUUCACGCAUGUACAAUCUGUGGCAAGAUGUUUCCGUCACAGUCAAAACUUGAUAGGCAUGCACUUAUUCAUACUGGUCAGAGGCCUUUUAAAUGUGUCCUGUGCAAUAAAUCUUUUCGACAGUCAACUCACUUAAAAAUCCACCAACUCACACAUUCAGAAGACAGACCUUUCCAGUGUUGUUUUUGUCAAAAAGGAUUUAAGAUUCAGAGUAAACUUCUGAAGCAUAAACAAAUCCAUACCAGGAAUAAAAGUUUUCCAACUCUGUCAUUAAAGGUGAAGAGUGCAGAAUCAUGCCCCCUACCUAAAUUAAAUGCAAAGCAGGAUGGUUCUGAAAAUGGUGAUAUAGGUGAAACUGAGGAGAAUAACCAACUCGAUGUCCACUCUAUUUAUAUUGUCCCUUUUCAAUGUCCAGAGUGUGAAGAGUGUUUUGAAUCAGAGCAAAUUCUCAAGGGACACAAGUGUUUUCCUGCCAGAAGUGGCAAAAUUCCAAGCAGGCUCAAAAGGAGCUACAACUAUAAAACCAUUGUUAAAAAAAUCUUGGCUAAAUUUAAACAUGCUGGAGGUAAGAAAUUUGAUAAUUUUCGAUCUGAGAAAAAAAUAUUUAAGAACAGUUUCUUGAAAAAGUGUGAUCUUAUUUCUGAUGAGCAGAGCUCUGAACAAACCCAGAAAACAUUUAUGGGUUCUCUUGGCAAACAUGGGACAUACAAGACAGCUGUCAAUAAAAGGAAGAAAACCUUGGCUUUGCCAUUUUCUUGGCAAAAGCACUUCCAGAGCCAAAAUAUGGGGAAAAGUUUUAAAGGUAUCCUUACACCAGAAAAUGUGUUAACUAUGGAUAAUUCUGUGAUUAAUAAAGACAUAUCUACCUAUGGGUCAUCAGGUGAGGAAUUCUUUGAUAACUGUGAAGUGCUUCAGUGUGGUUUUUCAGUUCCAAGUGAAAACAUACAUACUGGACAUAAGAUAUGUCCUUGUGACAAAUGUGAGAAAGUGUUUCCUUCUGUAUCUAAACUACAAAGACACUAUCUAAUUCAUACUGGACAGAGGCCUUUUGACUGUAAUGUGUGUGGGAAAUCUUUUAGACAGUCAGCUCACUUGAAAAGGCAUAAAUUAACUCAUAUUGAUAAGAUUCCAUAUAGAAAAUCUCUUUGCCAAGUAGAAUUUGAAAACUUGAACAAACUUUUUGUUCAUCAGGGUGAUAAUGUUAACUAUAAUGCUUCCCAGCAAUGUCAGACUCUUGGUUUUCAAAAAUAUGAGGUCUCAGAGUCAGAUCAAAUAUCAGAAGUUAAGGCAGAAUCAGAGGAUUUCAUUGUUGGUCCCCCCUAUAGGAACAGGCAACCCUAUCUCUCCAGUGUGCAUCUAGAAUCAGAGCAGAGUUGUCAUAGUCAUUGUUGUAGUUAUUCAGGGCGUACUGAGAGGAAUGAUGGCCUUCUUUACCAAUGCAGUGUUUGUUCUAAAAGUUUUAGGUCCCCAUCUAAACUGGAAAGACACUAUCUAAUUCAUGCAGGGCAAAAGCCAUUUGAAUGUUCAGUUUGUGGCAAAACUUUCAGACAGGCUCCUCACUGGAAGAGACAUCAACUUACUCACUUUAAGGAAUGAUCACAGGAGAAAAUGGUUGACCUUGUUCUUUAGCCUGUUAAUCGUUUAAAAUAUAUAUUUUUAUCAGCAGGCCUGCAUUAGAUUGAACGAUUUCAUAGGCAGUUGUUUGUCCUGCAUGGUAAGAGGUAAGAUACAGAAAUUUAAUGCAAUGUUUUAGAAACAACCAGAUUAAUUAUUAGAGGGAAGAGCAUGAUUUGAUGCCAUAAAGCAAGCAUUUAUUUUAUUUUAAUAUAUACUUUGGCUCUAUUAAAAAUGUUGAAAUCCGUGAUAUGGUACAAACAAUUCAGCCUCAUUUUUAAAGGAAUUAUUACUUAAGAUCUGCCAUCUCCUUUUAUAUUAUACUCAGAAGACUGAGAGGCAAAAAUUGGUUUUGGGCCACAGCAGAUAGCCCCACUGUAUUUCAUGUAUUUUAUACCUAUGGCUCAAAUUCCAUUGCAAGAUUUUUUUUUAUAAGUUUAAAAAACAAAGACAAUAAAAUGAAAAUGGAUGAGAAAACUGUAGCAUUAUUUUCAUUGGUCUUUUCUAAGCUAUUUAUUCUUAGGACUCUAGUAGCUUCACCUCCUGUUCUACAAGUGAUUCAAAUUGGGUUUUUUUUUGUCCAGCUUGCUGUUGUAUUUCCCCCAAAGGUUAAAAGUAGGAGAGAGGGUAGGCGUUUAACAUGUUUACUUAUCAAGAAUAUUGUCCAAGUGCCAUCAUCUUUUUGAUGAUAUGUGUGCAGUGUUAUCUUUUCCAAGGAAUAAAUGCAAUUCAUCUACUUGCUUAUCAGUGACUGAUAGCAGUAACUGAAGAUUUAAGACUCACCUGUUCCUCUGAAUCUCCGUAAAGACUUUUACAUUGACCUUAGUAAAACUUUCUUUUAAUAAACCUUUAACUGAGUUGUCCUAUGACUUAACUAAAUCUAAGUUUGAUCAAAUAGCAGUGACUAGAUCCACUUCUAGUUUUUAUUCCUCUGUUUUUUUGCGAGACUCUGAUGCUGCAGUGAGUUACUUGGACUGUUAGUAAAUUGUUAUUUUAAUUCAUAAAGUAAUCCUAUAUAGGAAUAAGAUACUUAUAGAAUUGGGGGAGUCAUUCUAAACAAUAUUGUCGUGAUUUGGGAGAUAUUUAAUCUUAAACUGCAAAAGAUUUAUAAUCACAAAUUGUCCUUCAUACUUGCCAUUUUAAAUAAAAUUCUUAAGAAUGAUAGUUCCUAACGAUAAGGGAAAAUGUUAUCUUUCUAAGGUAAAAAGAACAGCGGAUAGUUGUACUAGCACACUUAGAUAUACAUAGUGACAAGCCCCCUAUUGAGAAUGAAUAAAUAAACAAUUUUAAGUUUUACGUCAUACGUUAAAAACUGUCUUUCUGUGGAGAAAGAGGGAAGGAGAAGUUAGUCUGCUUAUUUUACAAGUGAAUUUUGAAAAACUUGGGUUUAAUUUCUAGAGAUUAAACAUAAAAGUACAGAUAAAAUCCCAAUGAAGUACAAUGUGCAGGAGAGUCAUGUUUUAAAGGAUAAUUUCUCUUAGGUUUCCUUGAGGUAUGUUCCUCCAGUGCAAACAAGGUGACGGUUUACAGAAUUUUCUUUACACAAAACAUUUCAAGAACAUACCCAUUACAUAAAAGCAAGGAAUAACUAGUUCAUGUUUUCCAAGAGUAAAGGUUCAAGGUUUUUUCCUUUAAUAGCUCUGUAAUUAUGUAUUUGGGGAUUUUCCUAAGCUAUUUAUGUAAUUUUAUUUGAAGUAAAUGUCUCAAAUACUCCUUUCCCAACCCAAACAGGGAGAAUUCUGUCGAUGUUGUGCUUGUAUGAUUAUUAAACUUUAUUUGCCUGAUACUACUACAUUUUUUUGGCCCAUGCCUUUUUAAGCUGUUUCAUAUUGAAAGUUGGAAUAUUGUAAAAAUUUUGUCAAAGAUGUACCGUAGUGCUAUUUGAAGUACCCGUAACAAAGUACUUAUUUACUUUUUACUAUCACUGCAAGCUUCUUGUGGACACUUUAUAGGAGUGAAAAUAAACUAUACAUACAUCCAUGAUAAGAUUAAACAUUAGAUGUUAAAUGAUGAUUUGCUGCAUGCUAGAACUGUUGUUAUUGUUGAAUCAAUUACUUUGGUUUUCUCAAGAAAAUAAACUUUUAAAUAUCUUUAAA